GAAAAAGUUUAAACUCACAGGUCUUGGGUACUCUGGGAAGACACAAGAAGUAAAUGAAGAAAGAGUCGAUUCCAGGUCCUAAAUAUCAUUUUUGGAGACACCCUUCACAGGUGACAGAUUUCUAACAAGAAUGCUAGGGCAUAUCCACAAGAGACAAAAGAGUAUUCCAUUUGCUGACCAUUUCCUUAAACAGAAGAAAAUGAUCAAUGUUCAGGACUCGCUGACCCUGGAAGAUGUGUCUGUGGCAUUCACCUGGGAGGAAUGGCAGCUCCUGGGCCCUGCACAGAAGGACCUAUACCGGGACGUGAUGCUGGAGAACUAUAGCAGCCUAGUGUCAGUGGGGUAUCACGUCAGCAAGCCCGAAACCCUCUCCAAGUUGGAACGUGGAGAAGAACCAUGGACAACUGAUGAAAUGCACAAUCAAAUUUUUCCUGGCUGGACACUGAACCCAGGGCCUCACAUAUGCAGGAAAUGCAUCCUAUCACUGAUCUGUAGCCUCAGUCUAAAAGCCAUAUUUUAAAAUACUGCUGAGG